AGGAGGACGUGCUUUUAGUGAACAGACAGAAAAACAGUGGAAUUAUUCAGGAAUAAUCAUAAUUAUUCAAUUUAAUUAGUUUUUAUAUAUAAAACUGAUACCUUGUAGUUAUGGAAUAUAUCAGAACUAAUUUUCUUUUACAAAACGAAAUGUCAGAUAAACAAGACAUCCAAAACUUUGAACCAAUUACGUAUCAAGAGGUCUUAAACCAUAAUCCUGAAUUUUCUAAUUAUUUUCAAAUGAUCUACGAGUAUCCUGAACGAGAAAAUUAUCAGAGUCAAGAGGCCUACCCCGAGUGGGAGUGGCACGGUGAUACCCAUGUGAAAGAAGAGGACUUGGAGACGAGAGGAUCCGUUAGCUUUAGCGAGGAAGAAGUACGAUCUCCGUCAGCCAGUCGAAAAGAACGCACAGCGUUUACGAAGGCGCAAAUUCGGAGUCUCGAGACGGAAUUCGCGCGCGCGAACUACCUCACCCGCUUGCGAAGAUAUGAAAUAGCUGUUGCUUUACACCUGACUGAGAGACAGGUAAAAGUUUGGUUUCAAAAUAGAAGAAUGAAAUGGAAGCGAACUAAAGGGGCGAAGCAUGCAAAGAAAAAGGAACAAUAGUUACUUGAUCGUAAAAAUGUGAAAGAAAACGUA